AUGGCGGAUGGCAAGUGGAACCUCUUUAAUGGGGACAAUUUCGAUGAUUUGGAGGACGAAGAUGAAUCCAACGAUUGGGCUGAAACGUUUAUUGGGGGAGAAAAUCAGUUGAUAAAUUAUGACAACGAUCCUUCAGAGAAAAAUACACAAACGGAGAAGAAUUUGAGGAAUGAAAAUCUCCAGCGAGGUAAAGAAGAUGUUUACGAGAAUGACAACAAAGAAAAAAGCCUCUCCAGGAUGGAGCUUAAUGAUCAUAAGGCAGGCAUGGUAGGUUUAGAUAAACAAAAAAUUAACCAGAUCAUAUUUGAAGCGAGUAGAGGCUCCAAGUUCUAUGAAAAUGAAUUAAAGAAAGAAAAGCAAGUGGCUGAACGGAUCGCUAAACAGAGCACGUCCCUUGGGAAACUCACCCAGCCGCAAAGAAAAGAGGCUUUACAGGCCAUCAACCUUAUUGUGGAAGAGUUGGAGAAGAAGCGUGAUUUAAGCCGUACCUUUGUUCAUAUCGAUAUGGACGCUUUUUAUGCUGCAGUGGAAAUCUUGGACAAUCCUGAAUUGCGUGACAAACCUAUGGCUGUGGGUGGUAACUCGAUGUUGUCUACGUCAAACUAUCCAGCUAGACGUUAUGGCGUAAGGGCAGCCAUGCCAGGGUUUAUCGCCAAGAAAUUGUGUCCUGAACUUAUCAUCGUUCCACCACACUAUGAAACAUACAAGGAAUACAGCCGCCAGGUGCAAGAUAUUUUAGCGGAGUAUGACCCUAAUUUUGUGAUGGCAAGUUUAGAUGAAGCAUACUUGGAUCUCACAGAGCAUCUCAGUGAGAGACACAAAUGUCAAGAAAAGAGGAGGUUCUUGACAUCUAAAUACCAGACUAUUGGAAAGGUAAAGAACGAAGUGCAUCCAAACCCUAAACAGAUGGAGGGAGAAAUUGUUGAGUUUGGUACUGAUGCGGAAGAAGCUGUCAGGGAGCUGCGUUUUCGAAUUGAGCAGAAGACAAGACUAACAGCUAGCGCAGGAAUAGCACCAAAUGCCAUGCUAGCAAAGAUCUGCUCAGAUCGUAACAAGCCCAACGGACAGUUUUAUUUAAAACCAAGUCGUGGUGAUAUCAUGGAAUUUAUGCGCAGCCUUCCAAUCAGAAAAGUGAGCGGAAUUGGGCGAGUCAGUGAACAGAUGUUGAAAGCUCUUGGAAUUGAGACAUGCGAAGAUUUAUACACUAAACGAGACUUGCUCUAUCUUCUACAUUCACCAAUCAGCUUCAAAUUCUUGAUAGAAGUUUCUCUUGGUUUGGGACCUACCUCACUUGCGACAGAAUCGAAAAGGAAAAGUAUAGGAACAGAAGAAACCUUCUCAGAGAUUAGCAAACCCACUGAGCUACUGGAUAUGUGUGACAAGCUUUGUCAAUCAGUGGCACAAGAUAUAAAAAAGCAAAAACUUAAAGGAAAGACUGUCACGAUAAAGCUUAAAACAGUGACCUUUGAAAUAAAAUCUCGGUCUUCAUCCACUGUUUAUCCCGUUUCGACGUACGAGGAAAUUUCAUUAGUUGCAAAAGAGCUUCUGAAACAUGAAAUGAGUGCGUGUUUUCCUGAUCCUCUGAAGCUGCGCCUCAUGGGAGUCCGUUUAUCAAAUCUUGAGGAUACAAGCGCAAACUCGUCAAAAGAAGCAAAGCAGAACACGAUAACAGGUUUUUUGAAACAAAAGCAAAAUGUAAGGUCCCAGGGAAUGCCAGUUUCUUUUCCAACCGCCCAACAAUUGAACUCAGGAGAACAUUCUGGCCUUACUUCACCGAGUCAAUGCUGUCCAAAAGAAGGUGACGUCAUGUCAGGAGCGUACGCUUGUCAGAUGACUGACCAGCUUGGUUCCUGCCCUAUUUCUUUCUCAUCUGAAGGUAUUGAUUUAAAUUCAAUUUCAGAGGAAUCAUCGUCACUAUCUGGUUCUGCCUCAACUUCAGGUUCCAUUUUCUUGAGUGAAUAUUCUGAUAAUACAAAUCAUUCUACUGUGUUUUGUCCUGUAUGCCAACAAGAACAAAAGUUUAAGAGUGGUGAAGACGUUAUCACUGAAUUUAACAGACACAUAGACUUGUGCCUUAAUAAGGCCACUAUAAAGGAAAUAGCGUCAGAGAAAAAUCCAGGACGAUCAUUAAAAGAUGAUAACGUUGUGUGUAGUUCUAGAAGUGGCUCUGGUGUGGAUAGGGGAACCUCCAGAGGAAAAAGAAAAAGACAGCAGUCAGCAGCAACCUCCCAGAAAGCUACGUUGCUUUCUUUUUGGUCAAAAUCAGGAAAAAUUCCAAAAUAUGGCUAA